GGGAGAAGGAGGUGGCCCAGAGGAGGAGCAAGCGUGUCUCUUCUCGUGCGAGAGCGCGCCGCGUCUGCACGGACCUUCUGCAGCGCCGCCAUCUUGCGCCUCUCUUUCUGCUCCACCUCGAAGUCGCGUUUGCCUUCAGCUCCACGUGCUCCUCAGUCCACCUUUGUCAUGUCUGGCCUCUCGCUCGGCGUGCCUCGUUCGCGCCGCGCCGCCGCUCCAGGCAGCGACGGCGUCGCUGGUAGCUCUAGCGCGCCCUCUUCCUCCACCUUCGCCUCCGACCAAGCCGUGCGCGCGACCGACUCCGAUGCUCUCCUCUCCCGCCUCUCGGCCAUGCGCGCAGGCUAUCUCCCUUCCGAGUCAUUUUCAGCGCACUUCGUGCCCAUGGGCACGCCACAGCCACUGCCGCGUCGUCCGCCGAUCAUCAACAUCGGCACGGCGCUGCGCUGUCGGCGCCUCGACGAAUGCGUCGAGAGGUUCCUGAGCGAGGGCGAGGGCAAGAAACAGAUCGUCAGCCUGGGAGCGGGGAGUGACGCGCGCUUCUGGCGGAUACAGGCAGAAGAGAAGCUCGACGUUCGUCUGGCACGCUACGUAGAGCUCGACUUUCCGCAGUUGACGCGCGCCAAGAUUGAGCGCAUUGCGCGCUCUGAGCCGCUGCGGAAGCGAGUGGGCGGGACUGGACCGCAGGGCAUGCGCGUCGAGCAAAACGGCAGUGCUCUGCACACCUCUCGUCUGCACAUCCUCCCGUGCGAUCUUCGUCAGAUCGCCACUGCGCCUCCCUCCUCUUUAGACGAAGGCUCGGCAUCUCACAUCUCCGAGUCGCUCCUCUCCGUGCUCGACGCCUCGCUUCCCACGCUGCUGCUCGCCGAAUGCGUGCUCGCCUAUCUUCCGUCUGCUUCUUCUCAAGCGCUGCUGCAGUGGUUCGCGCAGCGGUUUGGCAAGCUCGAGGUGCUCGCCUAUGACAUGUGCAUCGGCGGCGAUGCCGGAGCUACGGCCGCAGGAACAGCGCCGAGCAGAUUCGGACAGGUCAUGCUGUCAAACCUGGGCGCAAGAGGCCUGGAUCUGCCCGGCGCGCGAGGCCUGACGACGCCCGAGGCGUACGCGGGACUCUUUGAGCGAACUCUGAGCGCUUGUGCUGAAGGGGACAGCACGCAGAGCGAGGCGCAGAGUCUCAAGCACGUCUGGAGCGCAUUGCCGGCGGAGGAGAGAGUCAGGCUCUCGAGAUUGGAGGGCCUGGAUGAGGUGGAGGAGCUCGAGAUGCUGCUUUCGCACUACUGCGUGAGCUGGGCAAAGCGGAGCGGGACGCCGGCGGCGCAAGAGGCCUUGGAGGAGCGAGCGGCGGAAUGAGAUGAGGUGGGCAUUCGCUUGAAGGAAGCGAUGUGGUGGCAGACUAGAAGAAAGCGGCAGGGCUACGACGGCGAUGCAUGCCGGCAGGCCCGGACGCAGGCGCCGGAGCGGCAGGCUCGUCGCGGCCCAGCACUUUCUGCACGCCCUCCGCGACGCU